AUACGGACAUAAACCCAUCUCGGAGCCUUAUCUCAACAACCCCGCUACCCCACCAUGCUGUGGUAGUCAUCAACACAUUCAUUGCCAGCAACGAUUAGAAGGAAACAACAAACUUUCAAAAAGCCAUCCACGAUGUCCAGCGAAAGCAAAGAUCGCAUAACCUGCCACGUGCUGGACACGACGCAAGGCCAGCCCGCGCGCGGCCUGCGCGUCAAGCUCGAGCUCCUCUCCACGCACACCCCGACGCCCAGCACUGCCUCCUCCGCGAAUCUCUCAACGGCCCCGCCGCCAAACAACAAGGUCUUCGAGUCGCAGACCGACGACGACGGGCGCAUCAAGGCGUGGCUGCCCUACUCGAGCGCGACCUCGUCGGGCGAAGUGCCCGUCUACACGCUGGAGGACGUGCUGGGCGGGAUCACGGGGGAGAGCCGGUGGAUGCUGCGGUUCGACAGCACGGGCUACUUUGGCGGGGCGGACCGGACCUUCUACCCGGAAGUAUGCGUCGUGUUUACCGUGCAGGAGGGCGAGCGCUACCAUGUCCCGCUAUUGCUCGCGCCCUACGGGUAUACUACGUACCGCGGCAGCUGAGUGUUGAGCUGAGGGGAAGAGCUGGGUGGAUGUGUGGUGGGAGAGAGGGGGUUGAACACGAUGAUGUUGAAGGAGGGCUUGUGAUAUGAUAAUGAGAUGGGUCAACUAUGAAGGAGAUGAGGGAGGUUACGGGAAAUU